UGAGGAUUUUUCUUCUUAGGCCAAAAGAGGAAGGCAGCAAUUUAUCUCUCGUGCUCCAUUCUUUGCUUCAUCGCUUGAAGUGAAGCUUGCUCGCGGGGGUCGGCAUUGCAGUGCUCGCUCCUCAGCUUGCUUGCUCGCAUUGAGUGAAGUAGAGAGUCUUCAGCCUCGGACGAGUAGUUGAUUGAUUCGUGCCUCACUGCUGCUUGCUUGCUGCUGCUUGCUGCGCCUCGCGGAGGAUUGCUGCCAGACGAUCGGUGCAGGGCGGAGAGCGGCGGUGGGGAAUACAGUUGCGCGCAGAGGGCGAGAGAGUUGAGUUCGGGAACGACGUGUGGACGGAUUAUAUCGGCUUGGUAGUAUUAGUAGUGUUUGUUUAGUCAGGAAUUGGGGCGACAGUGUAAAUCUUGCUGCGGCGGAUUGGUUCCGGAGUUAGAGUAAACAAUGGCGUUUCUUGGAACACAGCAGAAGUGCAAAGCCUGCGACAAGACCGUUUAUUUAGUGGAUCAGUUGACCGCCGAUGGCAUCAUCUAUCACAAGGCGUGCUUCCGCUGCCACCACUGCAAGAGCACCUUGAAGCUCGGCAACUAUGCUUCAUUGGAGGGAGUAUUGUACUGCAAGCCUCACUUCAACCAGCUUUUCAAGCGAACGGGCAGUUACAGCAGGAGUUUCGAGAAGAGUUCUCAAGAUGGUACUCAGAAGGCGAAGUCAGUCAAUGGGGAAAAGAACGAAGAGCACAAAACCUCUUCGAAGUUAGCUUCGAUGUUCUCUGGGACUCAGGACAAGUGUGUGUCAUGUUCGAAGACUGUCUACCCGCUAGAAAAGGUCAGCGUUGACCAGUUUACGUACCACAAGAGCUGCUUCAAAUGUGUUCAUGGGGGCUGUGUCAUUAGCCCUUCGAAUUACGCUGCUCUGGAAGGCAGACUUUACUGCAAGCACCACUACUCUCAGCUUUUCAAGGAAAAGGGCAACUACAGCCAGCUCUCCAAGACCCCUGCCUUGAAAACGGGACUAGCGAACGCCGAAGCCUAAGCGGAGGAGCUCAUAUAUGUUUUGACAACGCUGGUCUUUGCUGAAUUCGCUGAUUCAUCAAGAGGGAAUAUCAAUCUAAUAGAGAAUGGGACGGCUUACUAAGGCAUAUUUGUACAGUUUGUCUACAUGAGGGCGAGUUACCACCUACAAGGCUUUGUUGUCUGGUUCUCUUUGAGUUUAUGAAGACAAGUGUUCCACGGUUGAGUCAUUGGAAUUCCAUCAUCAAGGACGAUGAGUAGUGUAAGAUUAUAUAGUUGUUGAGACUCCACUUGGCGUUUCCAUAUUUUUUUAUCGUGCAAGGGAUUUUGUUGUCACAUUUGCCGUAACUGCAAAUGGAAUAGUGGCAUAGUGGCUCUAGUAUUAACCCAAAAACUAGGUCCUGUGGCUGUAGACUAGUUUACUUUGCAGAAUCAAUAAAGGGUGCUUCUUAGAUUGUAAAGGUGAGCAUGUCCAUGUCGUUAGUAUCGCCGAGGCAUCUCACGUGAUGACAAGGUCUGGUGGAGCUCCAGAUUUUCAGCACUGAAAGGCCGCGCUGGGAAAGCUGGGGAAUAUUCUUCAUUUGCAUCCACUCUCUUCCCAUCUCUUCCUGACAUGGCAGCGGGGGUGAAGGCGUUUAUUGGCGCCUUGACCCAACUUCGAUGCUACUACGCGUGUGCUUUCGACAUCCUAGAACGCUGGUUGUAGUUUUUGACGCCACACCAUUGUGGUUGCAUCGACCAGAUACGGGACAUUGCUUCCGAUGGAUUUCUUUGUCAAAGGAUGUGCCAUUGCGACUUGACACUGCCGAAUUGCACUACUCAUUGACCUUCUUGAAGGGAGCACCCUGGGUUACAGCUUCCACAUGAUGGGAGGAUUGGACGAGAUUUUGGUCCUAUGGUGGCGGUCUACUUUUGGUCGAUGCCGACCAGUUACUCGUAACUGGUUUUAACUCACAAUAUUUAGGGUUCUUCCGGGCCUUUCGCGUACCCUAGAAAAUUAGAGGAGUUUCAUGAAUUUUUUUGCCAGGAUUUACAUUGCGCUUGUCGCCUAUAAACACUAGAAAUUAGUAGUCAGCGCUGUACUCUGCAUAUUGCCAAAAAUUAAAUAAUAAUGCUUUGGUCCAUUGCCAGGU